CCUCACGUGUCGGUUGGCGAGCAGACAGCCCGAGAGCGGUUCGGAUAAGCCGCCGGGGAAUCGCCGGCGAUGCCGCCGCCGCCGCUGCUUCUCCCGCUCCUCGCCGCCCUCGCGCUCGCGGCUGGGCCUCCGUCCGAUGCCGCGGAGGCGUCGCUCGGAGGCGUUGACCCUCCCGCGCCGUCCCCCUCCCCGACGCCGUGGCCGGAGCAGUUCCACGCGGUGCUCUUCACCAACAUGACCGGGAGCGGCGGCGGCGGCGGGCUGCUGCAGAUGACCGACCUCUACUACGACUGGCCCGGGGGCCGCAACCUCAACCUCGUCACCCGUCAGCUCUCCGGCGACCCGAUCUACGACGUCGAGUGGACCAACGGCACCUCCUACUACUUCAACUCCACCUCCUGCCGCACCAUGCUGUUCCCCGUCGGAAUCCUGCCGCCCGACUGGCUCGCCGCCGGCGCCGUCUACCUCGGCCGCGACACCGUCGACGGCUUCAACUGCCACGUCUGGACCAAGGUCGGCUUCAUCUGGUACUACGAGGACGUCCUCACCCACCGCCCCGUCCGCUGGAACUUCUACACUGGGAUGCAGCAGCAUGUGAUGAGCUUUGAGGUGGGUGGAGUUCUGGAGGACUCCAAGUGGCAGGCGCCAGGUCGCUGCUUCAAUGAUCAAGAGGCUGCCACAAACUCCAACAUCGCCACCAAGAUAGUCAGUGAGGUUGAUGUGAUGACCAGCCUGCUCAGGUUCGUUGGGGCUCAGCAAGCAACCGCAGGUGCAGUAUGACUAUGAGUCUGUGAUCAAGACUUAUUACUGAUGAGUGAUGAGAGUGGACUGCUCCAGUCGGUUUCUUGGAUCAUGCUGUAAUCUCUAAACAAGCGAUUCUGCAUAUUGCAAUAUCUGCAAUACGUAAGUGGUAAGCAUACCAUAGUACAGUAACAACAAUAAGGACUACACAGAGUAAUAUACUGAUCUGUAUGUACAUAA